UGUAUGUUCUAUAUAUAUAUAUAUAUAUUAAAAUUUAUUUAAAAUUAUUAUGCGAAAAGAAGUAUCAUGAAUGACUUAUUGUUAAUUGAAAGAUGUAAUAACAAAAAUUCAACAUUAUAAAAAUAUCAGGUUAUGGACAUGCCGGUAUUUCGUUCUGCUGUAGUUUCGCUUGAAAGUAAUGUGUAGGUUAGAGUUAAAAUUAGGUAAAGUUUAUUGGAAAUAGAAAGUCUGAAUAUAUUAUAUUUCAUCAAUGUUUGCAUUUUUGCGUGCAAAAUGAGUGACGAUGUACUAAAAAAAGGAACAAUAAUUUGUACUGGCAAACCGUUUGCUUCUGCUCUUAAUUCGAAACACAGAACCACUCGAUGUGAUAAUUGUUUGAAAUGUGGGAAGGUAUUAAAGUGCUCAGCUUGUCAGUAUGUAUAUUAUUGCGAUCGUAGUUGCCAAAGAGAAUCCUGGUCGAUACAUAAGAUGGAAUGUGCACAUUUAAAGAGGAUUUUCCCAAAGAUUGUACCAGAUGCAGCACGACUUAUGGCACGUAUAAUUUUCAAGCUCAAUCGAAGUGGGGCUGACGAAGUGGGCUAUUAUACUGAAAAGAAUUUUAGAAGAUUUAAAGAUUUAAUGUCACAUUAUUCGGAUCUGAAGAAAGAUGCAAAGCGAAUGGAGCAUUUCACCACAUUAUGUGCAGUUUUAUUCGAGUUUCUUGGGGGAGAAAUAAUGCCUAACACUGCAGAGUUGAUGGGUAUUUACGGUAGAAUGUGUACUAAUUGUUUUAACAUAUUGGAUGUUAAUAUGAAUACUAUUGGAGCUGGUAUUUAUCUGGGAGCAUCUGUGAUGGAUCACAGUUGCAAUCCCAAUGCGGUUGCAGUUUUUGAAGGAACUACUAUUGUUAUCAGAACAAUAGUCGAUCUUCCAUCUUUAGAUUGGUCACAGAUACGAAUAUCAUACAUUGAUUUACUCAAUUCUAACAAGGAUAGACGUGAAGAAUUGCACAAUUCAUAUUACUUUUGGUGUGAUUGCGAAAGAUGUAAGCAAGUAGAACCUAUGGCUGAAGCAGCUGCAUGUCCAAACUUAUCAUGUGACUCUCCAUGUCUGAUUGAAACUGAUAAUUGUGAAAAAUGUGGUACAAAAAUAUCAGAGAAAUUUAAAGACACUUUUCGGGAAGUUACUGACUUUACCACUAAACAUUUAGAAGAAAUGAAGACUAUGGCUUAUCUUGAUGUCAGUAAGAUAUGUUUGAAAAAGCAGAAGAAUGUACUGCAUAAGUUUAAUAUACAACAUAUUCGUACGUUGGAAACAGCUCAUAUUGCAGCUAUGAACCUAGAAUAUUGGGAAGAUGCAGAGUUAUAUGGCAGAGAACUUGUACCAGGAUAUUUAUUGUAUUACGGAGAAAUACAUCCUUUGACAGGAUUGCUAUAUCUUACGAUUGGAAAGAUACAAUUGCACUUGGAAAAAUCAAAAGAAGCGCUUAAAGUAUUAGAAAAGGCAAACAAUGUAUUAAUGAUAACGCAUGGUGAAAAGCAUUCCUUAAUGAGAGAAGAAUUGAAACCUUUACUCUACCAAGCUAUUAUGAAAUCGAAUGGAAAUAUUAAUGGCAUUCAAUGAUUUAAAAAUUUUCUA